AUGAUUAGUGUAACCUGGAGCAUCUUCCUAGUUUGGACUAAAAUAGGGCUGUUACUUGACAUGGCACCUUUUUCUGUUAGUGCCAAACCAUGCCCUUCAGUUUGUCGCUGUGAUGUGGGUUUCAUAUACUGUAAUGAUCGCGAUUUGACGUCUAUUCCUACAGGAAUCCCAGAGGAUGCUACUACCCUCUUCCUUCAGAACAAUCAAAUAAAUAAUGCUGGGAUUCCUUCAGAACUGAAGAACUUGCUUAGGGUGGAAAGAAUAUAUUUAUACCACAACAGCCUAGAUGAAUUCCCCACUAACCUCCCUAAGUAUGUUAAGGAACUGCAUUUGCAGGAGAAUAAUAUAAGGACCAUUACUUAUGAUUCACUUUCACAAAUUCCUUAUCUGGAAGAACUGCAUUUGGAUGAUAAUUCUGUUUCCGCUGUUAGCAUUGAGGAUGGAGCUUUCCGGGACAACAUCUAUCUCAGACUUCUUUUUCUCUCUCGAAAUCACCUUAGCACCAUUCCCUGGGGUUUGCCUAAAACGAUAGAAGAGCUACGCUUGGAUGAUAAUCGUAUUUCCACGAUUUCAGAGCUGUCCCUUCAAGACCUUACAAAUCUAAAACGCCUUGUUUUAGAUGGAAAUCUUCUAAAUAAUCAUGGAUUAGGAGACAAAGUCUUCACGAAUCUCGUCAAUCUUACAGAACUGUCAUUGGUCCGCAAUUCGCUCACAGCAGCACCAGUAAACUUGCCAGGAACAAACCUAAGAAAGCUCUAUCUUCAAGAAAACCACAUCAACCGUGUGCCACCCAAUGCUUUCUCUUACUUAAGGCAGUUGUAUCGACUAGAUAUGUCCAAUAACAACAUUAGCAAUUUACCUCAGGGUGUCUUUGAUGAUCUGGACAACAUAACUCAACUUUUUCUUCGCAACAACCCUUGGCACUGUGGGUGCAAAAUGAAAUGGGUACGCGACUGGUUACAGUCAUUGCCUUUAAAAGUUAACGUACGUGGACUGAUGUGUCAGGCACCAGAAAAAGUACGUGGAAUGGCUAUCAAAGACCUCAAUGCAGAACUAUUUGAUUGUAAGGACGAUGGCAUGAUAAGCACCAUACAGAUCACUACUGCGGUACCAAACACAUUAUACCCAGCCCAGGGACACUGGCCGGUUUCUGUAACCAAACAACCAGACAUCAAGACUCCUAACCUAAAUAAAAACUACAGAACCACAGCAAGCCCGGUACGCAAAAUCAUUACAAUAUUCGUGAAAUCCGUAAGCACGGAGACUAUUCACAUCUCCUGGAAAGUUGCACUACCAAUGACUGCUUUAAGACUGAGCUGGCUCAAGAUGGGUCACAGCCCUGCCUUUGGAUCUAUAACUGAAACAAUAGUUACAGGUGACAGAAAUGACUAUUUGCUCACAGCUCUCGAACCUGAAUCGCCGUACCGUGUAUGCAUGGUUCCCAUGGAAACCAGCAACAUCUAUCUCUCCGAUGAAACACCCGAGUGCAUCGAGACUGAGACAGCACCUCUUAAGAUGUACAACCCUACCACCACCCUCAAUCGGGAGCAGGAGAAAGAACCUUACAAAAAUUCCAGCUUGCCCUUGGCCGCUAUCAUCGGCGGUGCGGUGGCACUGGUGGCCAUAGCGCUGCUGGCCCUGGUCUGCUGGUAUGUCCACAGAAAUGGGUCCCUGUUCUCCCGGAACUGCGCCUACAGCAAAGGACGCCGGAGAAAAGACGACUAUGCCGAAGCGGGAACCAAGAAGGAUAACUCCAUCCUAGAAAUCAGGGAGACGUCGUUCCAGAUGAUACCAAUUACCAACGAUCAAGUGUCCAAGGAGGAAUUUGUAAUACACACCAUUUUCCCACCUAACGGCAUGAACCUGUACAAGAACAGCCACAGUGAAAGCAGUAGUAACAGGAGCUACAGAGACAGUGGUAUUCCAGAUUCAGAUCAUUCACAUUCAUGA